AUGGGCACAACCUCCAUCAGACGCAAUCUCUUCCACCAUAACCUCAGCAGACGCCCGGUCUCUGCUGCGCCUGGGUCCAUGCAAAGCGGCAGGAGCAAUGGGGUUUCGGGUCUUUCCUCUCACAUGCUACAGUCCUCUUCCGAGUCAACGGACCACUCUUUGAGUUCUGGUCCCGUGGACAACGGAGAUAUUGUGGUCAGAGACAAGAACGGUGGUUACAAGCUUGACAUUCCUGUUCUUCCGGAUGUCAUUGCCAGUGAAAAUGGCGACGGAAUGGAUGGUUUGGACGAGGGUGGAACUAGCGGAGCAACAGGAGCUACAGCUGUCGAUUUGGCUAGCCAAACUGAGAUCAGCGGGCGAGAGAAAGAAAGUAUGUUCGCAGCCUUGAGAACGAUUGGUGGUCUGAAAUAA